GGCCAGGCUGCUGUGCGGGAGCCAUGGCGGCUUCUGAGGCGGCGGCGGCGGGACCUGCGGCUCUGGCCUCGGGCGCCUCGGCCGUCCCGGGGGCCGCCAGGGGAGCCGCCGCCGCCUCGGGCCUAUGGGGGCCACCUGGACGGCUGAAGGGCAGCCGGCCUCGGCCCGCGACGGCGAGGCAGCAGCCCGCGGGUCCAGCGCUGCCGGCUGGGGAGUUGAUCCAGCCGUCGGUGAGCGAGCUAUCCCGGGCCGUGCGGACCAACAUCCUGUGCACCGUGCGCGGCUGCGGCAAGAUCCUGCCCAACAGCCCCGCGCUCAACAUGCACCUGGUCAAGAGCCACCGCCUGCAGGAUGGCAUAGUAAAUCCAACAAUAAGAAAAGAUUUGAAAACCGUACCGAAAUUCUACUGUUGUCCAAUUGAAGGAUGCCCUAGAGGCCCUGACAGGCCAUUUUCUCAAUUUUCUCUUGUAAAACAGCACUUUAUGAAAAUGCACGCUGAAAAGAAGCAUAAAUGUAGUAAGUGCAGCAAUUCAUAUGGCACUGAAUGGGACUUGAAAAGACAUGCAGAGGAUUGUGGCAAGACCUUCCAGUGCACGUGUGGCUGUCCCUAUGCCAGUAGAACUGCAUUACAGUCCCACGUUUACCGAACUGGCCAUGAGAUCCCUGCAGAGCACAGGGAUCCACCUGGUAAGAAAAGGAAAAUGGAAAACUGCCUGCACAACCAGAAGUUGUCCAAUAAGACCACUGAAUCAUUGAGUAACAAACCAACCCCAAGACCAGACACCCAGGAAUUAGAAACUUCAGAAAUAAAACUAGUCACUUCUUUUGAAGACUCUUGCGGCUCUAAUGCCAAGAAGCAGACUCUUACAACAGCUCCGAAAUAUCCUCAGAAGUUGCUUUUACCAAAGCCCAGAGUGGCUUUGGUUAAACUGCCCGUUAUGCAGUUUUCUCCGAUGCCUGUCUUUGUGCCUACAGCUGACUCCUCAGCCCAGCCUGUGGUGUUAGGUGUUGAUCAUCAGGGCUCUGCCACAAGCGCUGUGCACUUACUGCCCUUACCAGUAGGAACUCUGAUCCUCGGCCUUGAUUCAGAGGCCUGCUCUCUUAAGGAGAGCCUCCCUCUUUCAAAAAUGGUGAAUCCUAUUGCUGUUGAGCCAAUUAGUACAGGUGUUCAAGUGAACUUGGGUAAAAGUCCAUCUAAUCCUCUACAUGAACUAGGGAACACAUGUCAGAAGAACAAUAUUUCUUCAAUCAACGUACAGACAGAUCUGUCUUAUGCCACACAACACUUUAUACCAUCUGCACAGUGGAUCAGCCCUGAUUCCUCUGUAUCAUCUUGUUCUCAAACUGAUUUGACAUUUGGUUCUCAAGUUUCCCUUCCCAUUAGUGUUCAGACUCAAACGUUUUUGCCCAGUUCUAAGAUCACUUCAACCAUAGCUGCUCAGACUGAUGCGUUUUUAGAUGCCUCUUUCCAGUCAGGUGGGAUCUCCAGAGAAACUCAAACCAGUGGAAUGCAAAGUUCAGCAGAUGACACAGUACACAUGGACCAAGCUGUAAUGUGUGGAGACAUUUUUGAGAAUGUCCACUCAUCAUACGGUGUUUCUACAGACAGUAUUAUAAGCAGCAGCUUAGUAGGAGAGACUGUUACUCACGGCUUGUUACCUCAGAACCACCCUAAGAGUUUAAGUCAGGCUAUUGAGAAAUCUGCACCAGAUAUAAACUUCAGUGCACAGAACAGCAUGCUUCCUUCACAGAACAUGACAGAUAAUCAGACCCAAACUAUAGAUUUACUAAGUGAUUUAGAAAACAUCUUGUCAAGUAAUCUGCCUGGUCAGACACUGGACAAUCGUAGUCUUCUGUCUGACACGAAUACUGGACCUGACACCCAGCUCCCAUCUGGCCCAGCCCAGAAUCCUGCAAUUGAUUUUGAUAUCGAAGAGUUCUUUUCGGCCUCAAAUAUCCAGACUCAAACUGAAGAGAGUGAGCUUAGCACCAUGACCACUGAGCCAGUCUUAGAAUCACUGGACAUAGAGACCCAAACUGACUUCUUACUUGCAGACACUUCUGCCCAGCCCUACAGUUAUAGGGGAAAUUCUAACUUCUUAGGCCUUGAGAUGUUUGACACGCAGACACAGACAGACUUAAACUUCUUUUUGGACAGUAGUCCUCAUCUGCCUCUGGGAAGUAUUCUGAAACACUCCAGCUUUUCCAUGAGUACUGAUUCAUCUGACACAGAGACCCAAACUGAAGGAAUGUCCAUUGCUAAAAAUAUGUCUGCUCUAGAAAGCAAGGUUCAGUUGAACAGUACAGAAACACAGACCAUGCAUUCUGGCUUUGAAACCCUGGGGAGUUUGUUCUUCACCAGCAAUGAGACUCAAACAGCAAUGGAUGACUUUCUUCUUGCGGAUUUGGCCUGGAACACGAUGGAAUCUCAGUUCAGCUCUGUAGAGACCCAGACGUGUGCAGAACCACACACAGUGUCCAGCUUCUAAGAGUGGAGUCCACCUGUGGGACGGCAUUUACAAUUUCCUUCUUGAUUUAGAAAAUGAGUGGAAACAACAGUAUUAACUCUGUUGAAUGUAGUUAAUAUGCAGUUGCUUCGAUUCUUUGAGGUUUUGCCUUUUGUACUUGUAAACAUAAAAUUUGUGUAUAAAUGUGAGUGUAUUAUAAAGUGAAGAUGUUGAUCUAAAAAAGAUUGUAUUGUGUUGACUACAUUUGCCCUUUCACAGCUACUCUUCCCAUUUGAAAAAAAAAAAGGAAUUUCACACCUUUAAAAUACAUCUAGUCAUUCAGCUAAAGCCAAGCUUACCAAGGUACUAGGGUAUACAGACUUCAAAUCUCUAAAAUAUUUUAGUCAAAGUGUGACUUACUUAAAUUGCACCUAAAAUAUUUUUGACAGUGCUUGUGAAAUUCCUUGUUUCCUGAUAGUAAUACCUAGAGAAAUUUCAUGCUGCGCCGUCAGAUUUAAACGCCAGAUUUAAAUGCUUAGGUGGUUUGAGACUCAUGCUGCUUGCAGCUUCAUCUGCUUUGACAUCUUACUCUUCGGACUUGCAGACACAAAAGGAAACUACAUCUGCCUUCAGCAUUUCAGAUAGUUUUCAUGUAGUCGUUGCCAUCCCUUCUCUACAUGAGCUGUUAUUGAUACCAAUGUUAAGUGUACAGUACUUUUCUCACAAGACGUGUUGUAAAAUUACGGCUUAAAGUAGUAGUGGCAAGCACUUGUAUAAAUAGUGAUCCUUCUAGUCUAAAUAAUCAUUCCACUGGGUUGUGGAAUCAUGCCUAUUAGCUCAGAUCAAGUGUGCCCUACAAGCAUCCUCUCCUAUUCUCUUCAGUAGGCCAGGGGGUGCUCCGGAGCCAUUGGUCAACAUGCACAGGCUGGAUCUGAGUUUUGUCCUCUAAAUGAUUAAAAAACAAUGGAAAGGGCCAUUCCUCCCUAAAUUUCAA